UAAUUGGUUGAAAUAAUAUAUUUUAUAACAUAAAAUUCAGUGAAUACAUUAUGAUAAUUUUUAUUAAUUAUUUUAUUUUUUAUUGAUUCCAAUUCGAGCUCAAGCUAAAAUUCGAAAAAGUCAAAAAUUGUUCGAGCUCAGAUUCAAGCUCGAAUAUUUUUUCGAGCUUGAAUUCAAACUUAAUUUAUAUCACUCAUUUGAGUUCUAGCUCCAGCCUAAACUCGAACUUCAUUUACAUAACUUGAGCUUGAACUCGAAUUUCAUUUACGUAAUUCUCUCGAGCUCGAACUUGGCAUAUAUCGGGCUCGGCUAGGCUCGUUUACACCCCUCUAGGUUAUGAGUCGGUGAACUCACGUUAGCAACUCCCUUAUCCAAAAACAGAGGAAACAUACUGUAGUAGGACAAGACGUGUCACUUCACGAGGCUUCUAGUUUAAACCUGUCAACUUCCUACAUCCACAAGUGUCCCAAGCAUUCCACACUCAGCUACGUGUCUCCAGAAUCCUCUUCUAGACAUCUCCAUCUCUUAUAUAUCAACCGUCCCAAUCCAAGAACCAAAUAACUUACUCGAAUCAUAUUAACUUCUCAAAUAUUCUCCAAUCAUGGCUUUAAGAUCAAUGGUGAGCCGGUUGAGAUCACAAGCAGCAACUUACGCAACUUCAACUACUCCGAAACUGAAACCCUACGCUCCGACAGCAGAUUUCGGCCAUCACAAAGAAAUAAAGCAUCCGAAAAAGGCGGAUUAUGUUCCAGUUUAUGUGGCAAUAGGGAUGAUAGCUUUGUCUGUAUCGCUCGGUUUAUUCACUGCGAAGCAACAGAUAAUGUAUUCUCCGGGCGUCCGAGUGAAGAAGAAGACCAGAGAGACUUUACCAGAAGUGGAGGACCCUGAUAAAGUGAUCGAUGAAGCGGAUCGAUUCUUGAAGAAAUCUUUCUUUAGAAAAGUGGCUCAUAUUCAGGAGUUUGAUAAUGGUCUUGAAUAUUUACCGGACCCUAAUAUUCGUAGAGAUGUUUUGGCUCAUCGUCCUCGAGCUGAGACUCUCAAGUCUGUUGGGAUUGAUCCCAAGCAAACUUCAACAAUGUGAAAGUCUUGUUGAUGGGUGAUUGUAAAUGUAGUUGCUGAAUAAUGAUGCGAUGUAAAUAGAGGCAAUGUCUGUUUUUCUUUGUUCAAUCAACUAAAAAAUAACUUUUUUGCAACAAUGUUUUAUUACUGUUGCAAGGCUAAAAUGUUUGGGAUUUGGAUU